AUGGAAAAAAAUAUCAAUGCGAGCAACAAUGACCGGAUAGAGAAAAAUAAGACUAAUGUAAUCGCGGCCCUUGAAAACACAUCAACUUCUGCUGCCAUUAGGGAAGAUAAAGAAAACAAUGUGCAGGGCGCCUUACUCAGAGAUGAAACAUCGACAAGUGAUUCUGAAGAUUUGGAAAAUAACUCUACUAUGGAGUAUUCCAUCCAAGAAACUUCAACUCAAAGCACAAAAAGCUUGUCUCACAGCCAGAAUACUGAUAUUAUGAUGUUCCGGAAUUCGGAAAAAUCUGAAAACACAUCAGUGGCGUCUUCGGCCAUCAGUGAAAAUAAGGAAAACAAUGCACAGGACACCUUACAGAAGGGUGAGACAUCGACCGCUGAACCUGAAGAUUUGGUCAAUAAUUCGACUAUGGUCCAUUCCACCCAUGAAGCUUCAGCUCGGAGUAAAGGAAGCGUUCCAUAUCGCCAAAAUUCUAAUAUCAUAUUAUUCCAGAAUUCCGACGAAUCCAAAAACACAACAGUGCCUGCUGCAUUCAACACCGAAGAUGAAGAAAGAACUGUGCUUAAUACUUCACCACAACACAUCACCACAGAUAUAACAUCCACAAGUAAACCUUUGAAGUCAACUGAUUUGAUUAAAAAUUCUAUUUUCGGUAAUUGUACGCAUGAAGCUUCAAAUCAUUGUGAAAAUAGCGUGCCUCAAAAACAAAGUGGCAAUACUAUUGCAGCAACUGAAGUCCACUUCCAGUUCUCCCACAAUCGUGUUGGUGAAAAUUUGUACGUUUCAAAUGAUAAGAAUGAUUUUGCAAAUAAAGAUGCUGAGCAUGAAACCAAGCUAAAAAAUCCUUUAUGGCAAAAAUUUGACUUUUCUGAAGAAUUUGAGAAAGAUGAUGAAAAAAAUUUAGCUGCGAAAACAACUGAACCGAGCACUAAUUUGCAGAUAGCUGCUGAGACUACCGAAGUUGAUCAUAAGGAUACUAUUCAAAUUCUUUCAACAAAGCAAAAUUCUAACGACGAAAAACCACCAAGUCGUUCAGAAGACGACUCAGAAGUAAAACUUCGUCCUUUACAAACUUCUAAACUGACUGAUGGAACUGACAAAAAAUUUUGUUCGGAAAAUGCUUUAUCAGAGGAAUACCCAAGCCGUGAAAAUAUUUUCCAAUGCUCUGAGCAGCAAAAUAUCUUACCUUUCGAAAUUGAUCAAGAAAAUGUGCAAAAUACUACACCUGAAGCAUCUGUCUCUCUUGGAACGCAUGAUUUAAAUGAGGAAACAAUUUUGUUUCCAAAGCAACUGCCAGUUGCUGUUGCUGAAACAGAGUAUAGAGAUACUGAUUCAUCAGAGAAGUAUAUUUCAGUUCCGCAUGCAAUCGUUCCCAAAUUACAGAACGACGACGAUAUUGCGCAGAAGGACACCAAGAAGAUGAGCUCUCUGCGUUCUCAAUUGGAAACAGUUAGAGAUGUUCAAGCUAGUGACUGCAGCAGUUCUUCUACAGACGGUGCAGCAUCUAAAGAACACUUAACUCUAGGAGGAUCACAAAAUUUUGAAACCGAAGGAACAUCUAAUUCCAGAGAUGAACUAGUAAACCGUAAUUUCACUCCAGAAAUAUCUUCUGAUAAUCUCAAAAGUCUUAGGGAGAGCUAUAAGAAAUCAAAUAGGGAGAAACUUGAGCGAAAGAAUUGGAAAGUGAAAUGUAGAGACUACGUUAAGAAACAUAGAGAAACCUUUAGGGGGGAUCUGUUGUCAGAAACGAGAGAGAAAUGCUCUCCAAUUCUUGAAGAGGGAGAAACUUGUUUAGAAGCGUUUAACCGCAGAAGAGACGAAAAGUUUUUCCCUUCCACGUCCAAAGAGGAAACAAUAAGUCCCACUCUUGUAAGAGAGGGUUCAACUACUGACUGCUUUGAGGUUACUAAUGAGAAUUUUGUAAACAAAAGUACGGAAUAUGUGACUUCAAAGAAACAAGAAAAUAAUUCAGAUGACGCAACUGCUUUUAGAUCUUUAAGUGAGGAUCAAAACUGCAGUGAAAAUUCAAAUUUUAACAAGCAAGAGGAAAAUGAAUUUCGAGAUAUAGCUGUUGCAGAUGGUGCAAGCGCUUCAGGUGUGAAUGAACAUGGUCGUGCUUUUUCAUGUUUUAAGGAAGGAACAGCAAAUGAAAUGCGAAAAGUAGCCGAUGAAAAUGGUUCUGAUGAAGACCAAGUUUUAUUUGAGUACGUUUUAAUAGAUCUUACAAGAGAUGAAACAAGUGAUGAAGAUACCGAAAAAGAUAUUUUGAGUGAAAAUACCACUUCUGAGAGUUCAAAGGGAACCAGAUGCUCAAAUCCGGUGCAAAGUAGUGAUUUUGAAGUAGCAGAGGAAGUUUCUUGCAACUUUGAUGAUUGUUGUAUUGUUCUAGAACAAAAAAGUUCGAGAGCCUCCGGAUCAGAUUCAUUUCAGCGUUUGAAGGAAAAACUUGCUGCAGAUGUUAUUUCAAGAACAAGCAACAAGCCUAACGAGCCACGAGCUGAAGAUGCUACUUCAACGUCUUUGGAAUACCAUGAUGAAAUUUGUAUUUCCAAUGAUGCUAAAAAUCAAACUGUGGCUGAAAAAGGCUUAGAUGCAUGUGAUGCUGCUCUUGCUCAGCAAGUUCCUUCUUCUUCAGUCCGAGUUCCAUCCGAAUCCGACGAGCAAGAAGUUUUUCCAAUAGAAGAAAAUAGCGAUGUAAGAGCUAGGGUCAACUUUUCAUUAGAAAAAGUGAGUUCCAAUUCUAAGAGCCGGGAAACUCAGAAGUCGCAAAAUAAAAUGGAAAACGCAAGUGAAGGAGCGUGCGUUUCAAAGAGAAAAAUAUUAAAAAGAACCAGUGGUUUAAACAAGGAAAUCUCAGAGUUUCCUGUGAAGUAUGUAAGCUCUAGUUCUGAUGAAUCCCACAAGACUCAAUUAGACAUUAAUGUGAAAAAAGGAAACGAAAGCAGAUGUUUUUCGAAAAACAAAGACGAAAUAGAAAUUAUUAAACUAGGUGAUGAAGCUGAGACAGCUGAUAAAAAGGAACUGUCUGAGAAAGAAUCUUCUGUCAAACUACUUGCUUCAGAAAAUAACACAAACGAAAUGGAGAAUGAUGAUCAAGGAAGAACCAUGGAUUCUUCAAUUCAAGAAACAUCAGUUCCUGAAUGGGAAAACCGCAGGGUUACAAGAUCAAUGCAUAAGAUGCGCAACUGCAAAGUAGUACUUAACGAUAUUGGUCUAGAUGAGAAUGAACAUCUAAAGUUAACUUCUUCAGGUGAAGAUGAAAAAAAUCACCCUAAAUCGUUCAGUAUGGAAAAGUACUAUGCUAAUGUUCACUUAUCAUCUCCUGCUUCCCAUCCAAAUGAAAAAAAUCAUCCAAAAUCGUCCAAUAUGGAAAAGAAGUAUGGUAAUGUUCACUCAAUAUCUCCUGCUCGUCAUCAAAGUGAAAAGAAUCAUCAUCACCAAAAAGAAAAGGAAAUAUGCAACAAACUCAAAGUGACCAACAGUAUACAUCAAAAUGACGAAAAACAUAGUGCAGAAAAGGAAUCUGCUUCGGAUGGCUCAAAACUACUCACCGAUUCUCCUCAGAACUCUGGCAUGAACGUGCUUCUGCGUCAGGUAUCCAAAGCUCUUUCGCGCCAUGUAGACAUAGUUGCACCAUAA